AUUGUGGCCGCAUAUGGAGAGGAGGGCGGGGCUCCCAGCAUCAUCACCACCGGCCAUCACUGCUUCAUUGUACCGACUGCUGCUGAUGCUGAGAUCGGAGCAGAGGAGACGAAUUUUCUUUGCAAAAGCGAACAUGGCAUGGGCGCGAUUUUACACGGAUUAGGUCUUGACGCACGAUGCGCAUCGUUUACGAGCCCUUGUGUCUAAUAGGAGAAUGAGGAAGAGGAGGAACUGGAAACCUUGGGAGCACCUUGGAAAGUUUUUGUAAAGUCUCAAUGAAAGCAUCCGAAGAGCCUCUCUGCAGUGUUUGACUCAAUGGCCAAGAAAGGGCGUACGAAGGGCGAGAAGCCUGAAGCGCUCAUCUCUUCCCUACAAGCAGCCAAUGAAGAUCUCAGGUCGAAGCUAACUGACAUUCAGAUAGAGCUACACCAAGAAAAAUGCAAGGUGAGCAAGUUGGAGCGCGACAAGGUGCAGGAGGUGAAGCGCGUGCGAGAGCAGGAGCAGCACCGUCACACUGCCAUGUUAACGGAGCAGCGGGCCAAGUGGCACGAGGACAAGCAGAAAGAGCUCCAGGCUCUCAGGGAAAACCUGACACGGCAACAUGAGCAGGAGCUGGCCCGCCAUGCCAAAAUUAAAGACCAAGAGAACCAGAGGCUCAAAGCUGCACUGAGCGCCAUGCGUGAUGGCAGCGGAGAGAAGGUGCGUACUGCACUAACCCUGGAGGCCAAGGAAGAGGCCCGGCGAUUCUUUGACCAGGAGAGAGUAAAGCUCCUCCAGGAGAUAGCAGAGCUAAAGUCUACGAAGAAGCAGACUGACGAGGCUCUCAGUAACAUGAUCCAAGCUGACAAGAUGAAGGCUGGUGAUCUGCGGGUGGAGCACCAGCAGCACCAAGAGCAGAUCUCAAAGAUCAAGUGGGACUGUGAGAGGGACAUCCGCAGACUGGUUGAUGAAAUCAAAUCUAAAGACCGUACCAUCUUUGCUCUGGAGAAGGAACUCGAGUCAACAGCAGGGUUCUUGCAGAAGCUGCAGCUUCAGAAAGAUGCCCUGGAUGAGCAAUUGUUCCUUGUCAAGGAGGCUGAAUGUGGCCUUGGAAGUCCAAAAAGGGAGAUCCCAGGGAGAGCAGGAGAUGGAGCAGAGCACUGUGGAAGCCCAGAUCUGAGGAGAAACCAGAGGCGCAUUGCUGAGCUCAACUCAACUAUACGUAAAUUAGAAGACCGCAACUCACUGCUGGUGGAUGAGAGGAAUGAACUGCUGAAGCGAGUUAGAGAGUCGGAAAAGCAGUGCAAGCCCCUGCUGGACAAGAACAAGCUGCUAAAUAAAAGGAACGAUGACUUGACCCAGGCCAUCCAGAAGCUGGAGGAGAAACUUAAAAGUCUGGCCAAGGAGAACCUUGAGAUGAAGGAGAAGAUCAGCUCCCACCCCCCAUUAAAGAAGCUUAAGUCUCUAAAUGACCUGGACCAGGCUCAUGAUGACCAGGAAAUAGCCUUUCUCAAGCUUCAGGUCCUGGAGCAACAAAGCAUGAUUGAUGAGCUGACAAGGGAUCGAGAAAAACUUCUUAGAAAGAAAAGGCAUAAAAGAAGCUCCAGGCCGAUUAAGAGACACAUUGUAGUAGACACUUUCUUUGGAUAUGAUGAAGAGUCUAUGGACUCUGAGACAUCGUCAGUGGCUUCAUUUCGGAUGGACCGAACUCCAGCUACUCCCGAUGAAGACCUGGAGGAGGGCAUAGCCAAUGAGGAGUCGGAGCUGCGUUUCCGUCAGCUGACCAGGGAAUACCAGGCUUUACAGCGAGCGUAUGCCCUGCUGCAGGAACAGAAAGGAGGUAUACUGGAUGCUGAGAUGGAGGCCAAGGCUCAUGAACAGCUCCAAGCAGACGUUCUCAGGUAUAAAGCCAAAAUAGAGGACUUGGAGAAGGAGCUCACCCUAAAGGGACAGGACUCCAAAUGGGUAGAAGAAAAGCAGCUGUUCUUACGAAGGAACCAGGAGUUAUUGGAAAAGGUGGAGAAGAUGGAGGCAGAGUGCAGUCGGGCUCAGCAGGAGCUUCAAGACUCCAAAGACCAGAACGAGCUCUUAGAGUUCAGGAUACUGGAGCUUGAAGAACGUGAGAGGAGGUCCCCUCCAUUUAAUCACUUACGGAUGCAUCCCUUCUCUGAAGGUGUCAGCGCUCUACAAAUCUACUGCAUGAAGGAAGGGGUCAAGGAUGUAUGCAUACCAGAUCUCAUCAAACUUCUGGAUAUCCUCGGUGACAACGGGAAUUUAAGAAACGAGGAGCAGGUGGCCAUUAUUCAAGCCAGCACUGUGUUGUCAUUGGCAGAAAAGUGGAUCCAGCAGAUUGAGGGGACAGAGGCGGCGCUGCACCAGAAGAUGAUGGACCUGGAGAUAGAGAUGGAAAUGUUCUGUAAACAAAAAGGAUACCUAGAAGAAGAGCUGGACUACAGGAAACAGGCCCUGGACCAGGCCUACAUGCAAAUCCAGGAGUUGGAAGCAACAUUGUACAAUGCCCUGCAGCAAGACAAGGUGAUAAAGUACGGUGAACCUCUGGAUGAGCUCCAAAGGGAUGAGCUGCGUACGGCAGUGGAGAAGCUCCGGAGGCAGAUGCUGAGGAAGAGUCGAGAAUACGACUGUCAGAUCCUCCAGGAGAGGAUGGAGCUGCUGCACCAGGCUCACCAGAGAAUUCGUGACCUUGAAGAUAAGACAGAAAUCCAGAGGAGGCAGAUUAAAGAUCUGGAGGAGAAGUUUUUGUUUCUGUUCUUGUUCUUUUCUCUCGCUUUUAUCCUUUGGCCUUGAAGUCUUUGGCGUGUCCUGUAGCAGAGGUGUGUCAGCGUGGAGAUCUUGUUUGUGACUGCAGUGUUAUUUAUUUUCUGGAUAACAGUGGAACAGUGUGCCCAGCAGCAGCAACAGCGAGUGUCCUAACAUCCGUGACUGCUGUCAGUAUAGGUGGAUGUGUCGUGCAUUGGCUGUGGACGUUCCCACUUUGUUUUUCUAUUUUCUUUGUUUUCUUUUUUUCCCCUUUUUUUUAUUGGGGUGGGGUUCUCAGGAUGCUGCCAGGAUUUUUAGAGCAGUGUUGGACUUUAAACAUCUUUCCAAGUAGUUGGGAGUACUGUAACCGUACAGACACUCACUUAGAAACAGUAGAUGCACACACACACACACACACACACACACACACACAUACAAAUAUGUAUUUAUACACAUGUAGAUGCACAUACAGUUUACAGACAUGCAGAUGCAUGCAGAUGCAAACACACACACACACACAUGCUUUGACAAAUCCAAACCAAAGCCUGGGAAAUGUUCUCUCUGCCAUGCAGGGUAAUAAUAUGUCAUUCAUCGCCAUCCAGCCACAGUGGGAAUAUAAACAGACAGAAAAACUCAUAGACAACUAGACAAACAAACCACCAGACCACAUCUUCUCUUCUUUUUCCCUCCUUUCCUUUCCAAACCUGAAGGGACGUUCUACGUGAAUGCAGCCUCUCAGUGAAUAAAAGCGAGCCAACUCAGGGCCCAAGAGCGCAGACAGAGGCCAUUCGAACAGGCUGGUCUCAGGUCAGAUUAAAAUACGGAACACUUGGUGUCUGAUCAGCUGGCCUGCCCUCGCUGUUCCCAGAAUGGUGCUUACACUGGACUCUCCGGGAUUUUUUCUUUUUUUUUUUUUUUUUUUUAAAAGCCUGGAAAAGACAGGGGCACACUGCAGAGGCUGGUUUGUGUGUGCACAGACACUAAAUCUGAAAGGGGGAUACAGGACACUCAGGUUGUCUUCACCACACACAGAAAAAACGACUCGAGAAAGAAGAGAAGGAAAACAAAUGAAGGAUCCAGCUCUUCUCAACCUGGAUCUCCAUGGAAAAAGUCUACAGAUUGUGAAACCGCGUCUUAAUUUUUCUUAAAAGCCAGCAGACUGUAUGAGCUUUACUCUCUGGUUAUAAUUUUUCUCCAUUCUUUUCUCUUUUUUUUUCCUCCACUCAAAUACUGUGUCCCAAGAUUUCCACUGUCCCAGAUCUGUACUGUAAUAUAAACAUUUGUUGAUAUGUACAUGUGUCUGAAUUAUUUCAUGUAGACCUCCCUAUUUCUGUGAAUAGUGGCACUUUUCUUUCUCUCUCAUGCAGCUUGAACAGUUGAUAUUCUAAGCAGUUUAUAAAUGACACUGAAGGGUAUGACUUGCUCUGUUUUAUUGUGGUGACAGCUGCAGAGGUGAGCUUUAUUUCCUUGGAAUUAUUACUGAAAAACCAUUGGAUUAUGAAUGUGGAAUAAUGGAAUAUUUCCCUCCCUAUCCUCUUCUCUCCCCGCCUCUACCCCAUUCAGCCCCAUUCUAUUCUUCUUCUUCUUCUUCUGCUGUCUAAACUGUCUUGCUCUCGUUGGCCUGCAGGGGGUGCUGGUUUCACCUGAGCGACUUCAACUCGCCCUUUAAACUUUCAUGAUGUUUUAACCUGUAAAUAUUUUCAGGCUACCUUGCAAAAUAUUGUCCGUGACUUUGGUUGGAUGAUUGGUCAGAAUCAAAUCUAACAGUUAUGUUUUCAAUAAUUGUGACAUAUAAAAUUCACUUAAUCUGUUUAAUGAGUCUGACUGAAAAGAUACAGAUAAAUAUUAUAAAUUCACCAGUUUCUCUGUGGAGAAUGUUCUUUUUUUUUUUUUUUUUUUUUUUUACUAACCAAAACUUCUUUGAUACUAACAGCCUUCUUUUACUAAAACCUAUUGCCAUGUAGGCUUCUACUUUCAUGAACUGAAAUAGGAGAAAGUUAAAGCAACUCUACACCUGCCCCUCUUCUCUUCUGUCUUACUAACUAAGCCCAGUCCCUGCAAUAUUUACCAGUUGACUGUGCUUGUUCCUAUAACAUACCCAAGCUAGUGUAUCUGCCAUCAAACCGCCCCUCUGGCUCCAUUCACAGGUCUAAGGCAGCCUCUCUUUUGGUGUCUCAUUACAUAGCCAACAGUACAACAGACCCACUUAAUUCACUUUAUCCAACAAAGGGGAAUGACUGAGACUAUUUUUGUGCAAACUCAGCUAACAAGCAGUUGCCUUAAAUGCACUUUCCCCUCUUUUUCCGCUUGUAUUGUUCCUUUUUAUCUGAUUAUUUUUCCAGGCGGUUGAUACGAUCAUGUAAUGUAAUGUAUAUUUUUUUGGUUUUAUUUCACAGAGGAUUUUUUUAUCUUUACCCCCUCCGUCUGUCUUCCAAUGAGAAUUUAACCCCUCCUACUUUCGUCUAGAUUAUUAAAUAAACUGAAAAAGGAGUAAUGCUGUUAAAAAUAAAAGAUUGAUGGAGUUUGA